AUGGUACUCGAUGCUGAUAUUCACUUAGCUGCUAAAGGUCUUCAUGCCACCAUUACUUGGGGAAAUGAAGCAUCGAGCCAAGAUAAGGGGAAGGCUAUGAUUUUCUUUUGUCAUCAUCUUGAUGAGGGCCUAAAGAUUGAAUAUCUGACGGUAAAAGAUCCACUUGAAUUGUGGACUGAUUUAAAGGGGAGAUAUGACCACCUAAAGGAAACAGUGUUGCCAAGAGCUCGUUAUGAGUUGAUGCUUACGCAGCAAUAUCGUGAAAAGGGUUUUCAGAAAUACUCUAAAUCGAUCUCAUGUCUCCUGGUGGCUGAGCAACAUAAUGUUCUUUUAAUGAAAAGUCAUGAAGCUCGUCCCACUGGAACUGCUCUACUACAGGAAGCAAAUAUUGUGGAAGCACGUGAUCAAUCUGAAGUAAAAAGAGAUGAUCAUCGGGGCUAUAAUAAUACACGGGGACGUGGCAAAGAAAAGAGGCGAUACACCAAUCGUCGAGGUGGUGGUCAUAAUAAAAGGGAGAACAACAUGAGUUCUCAAAAUAACCCCUCAAAAAGUAAUUGUCAUCGUUGUGGCAUGAAAGACCAUUGGAAGAAUGAAUGUUGUACACAUAAGCAUUUUGUUAAGCUCUACCAAAACUCCUAUAAAAUGAAAGGAAAUAAAAGUGGUGCUUCCUCUUUCAAUGUUCGAGCUGAGUCACAUAUGACUCUUAAAAAGAUGAUAAGCCGGGACAUCUCAAAAAUAUGA